UUUCCGAAGUCCUUCUCGGAUACUCCCGUUACCCUCCCGGGCGCAGAAAGCCCUCCUGCCUUCGCUCCCAGUGCUAUUCCCACCACGCGUUCUGCCCUCCACGGGGCCCCGCCACCCCUGGCCUCACACCACAUCUCUCCCGAGGCUUGAAGCCUGGCCUGGAGGGGACCCCCCCCCCCACUUCAACCUUCUCACCACCGCUCUCCCCGCCCCCACUCCCCUCUCCCUGGGGAUGUCCAGUCCUGUUCUGAGCCUGCCCCUACCCCGGCCCUUUUUCCGGUGCUGUGUGCCAGCCGGUCCCGCAUCCCACAUCCCCAGCUGUUGACAUUUCGUUGCCCUUGCCCACAGGAUAAAGAAAGGGCCCCUGUUAUUCAACAAUAGGGGGAAAGACAGAGACAAUGGGAACUUGUGCUUCCGAUGGGGUGGGGACGGAGCGGGAAAGAACAGACAGACGGACAGACAGGGGGCUGGACAGAAGGGGUCAGGUUUCUUGAAGCAGCUGGAGGUCCUGGAAGUCUGGGUCCCACCCUGAGAGCCUCCUCCCACAGGCAAUGCGCACCCGGGCUCCGGAGGACAGAGCGGCCAGCAUCUUCAUACCCAUCAGGCAGUCUGCUCCUUCUCUGGCCCUCGAGCAUCAGGAAGAAACGAGGCACCACCUCCUCCACGUUCUUCCAGGGGCCCAGGCAGCGCCUUCACCGGAACCUCUUCCGGGAGCAGGACAAGACGCCGCCAGUCCCUGUCGCUCCCGUCCCUGUGAAGAGAGCGACUUCUAACAGACGGCGCUGGGCUGACUCUCCAUCAUGCCAGGCCUGCUUAGUCUCCCAACAUUCUGCCACUUCCUUCUCCCCUGGGCCCUCGCCAUCUUCCACAAAGCGCUGGGGGACCUAGCACCCCACCCCGGCCCCCACUACCUCCUGCCCCCCAUCCACGAGGUCAUUCACUCUCGUCGUGGGGCCACGGCCACGCUGCCUUGCGUCCUGGGCGCCCCGCCUCCCAGCUACAAGGUCCGCUGGAGCAAAGUGGAGCCCGGGGAGCUCCGGGAAACGCUGAUCCUCAUCACCAACGGCCUGCACGCCCGGGGCUACGGGCCCCUGGGGGGGCGCGCCAGGAUGCGGAGGGGGCAUCGGCUGGACGCCUCCCUGGUCAUCGCGGACGUGCGCCUGGAGGACGAGGGCAGGUACCGCUGUGAACUCAUCAACGGCAUCGAGGACGAGAGCGUGGCGCUGACCCUGCGCCUGGAGGGUGUGGUGUUCCCGUACCAGCCCAGCCGGGGCCGGUACCAGUUCAAUUACUACGAGGCGAAACAGGCGUGCGAGGAACAGGACGGGCGUCUGGCCACCUACGCCCAGCUGUACCAGGCGUGGACCGAGGGCCUGGACUGGUGCAACGCGGGCUGGCUGCUCGAGGGCUCCGUGCGCUACCCCGUGCUCACCGCGCGCGCCCCGUGCGGUGGCCCGGGGCGGCCCGGGAUCCGCAGCUACGGGCCCCGCGACCGGAAGCGCGACCGCUACGACGCCUUCUGCUUCACUUCGGUGACUGCAGGCCACGUGUUCUUCGUGCCCGGGCGGCUGACGCUGUCCGAAGCGCACGCGGCGUGCCGGCGGCGCGGGGCCACGGUGGCCAAGGUCGGGCACCUCUACGCCGCCUGGAAGUUCUCGGGGCUGGACCAGUGCGACGGCGGCUGGCUGGCGGACGGCAGCGUGCGCUUCCCCAUCACUUCGCCGCGGCCGCGCUGCGGGGGCCUCCCCGACCCCGGCGUGCGCAGCUUCGGCUUCCCGCGGGCGCAGCAGGCGGCCUUCGGGACGUACUGCUACUCGGAGUAGGGCCGCCGCGGCCCCCGUCCCGCAGCCUGCCACGGUCGGGGUCCCGGGGUCCCAGGGUCCCGGCCGGGCGGGGGAGGGGAGGUGGCGGCGCCCUGCGAGAGGGGGGACACCCCCCCCCCCCGGAUGCUCGCACCCGGACCGGCGGCCGUUCGCGCGCUCCCGCGGUCGCUGCUGGGGGAAGGCGAGCGCCCGGGGCAUUAACCCACUUCUGUCCACAGCAGUUAAGUAACUUGAGGACUUUGUGUGU